AAAAAAUAUAGAGGAAGAAGGAAGAAGGGUAUUUUCUAGUAUUUCUUAAGCUGGGUUGAGGUAGAGCUGCAAAUUGUUAUUUUUAAAAAGAAAAAUGAAUUUCUGGGUAAAGGAGGCAUUUUUUUGUGAUAUAUUAAGGCUUCAUUUGGAAAAAAAUGCAAGAUUCUGCACUAGCUUCUAACUUUAGCUUCUUAAAUAGUGUAUAAACGUGAAAAUUGAUGCAGGGGCUUCCAAUUAACUUCAAAAGAAAAUUAUCUGGGGUAUAUGAAGUUUUCCACUUUGUAUGCCGUGUGAGUAUUAUGUGGGAAUAUUGGAUGUGCAUAGAAUUACUAAAAAUCAAUAAGAAAGAAGUUAGUUCAUUAUCAAUACAUCAUUCUGUAAACUGGUCAUCUUAAUUAGGGAAAAUCUUGUGAUUCUCAAGAUAUGGUAUAGAAAUAUAUGUGCUUGAUCUUUUCUCUUUAACAAGAGAGUGAUAUCUGCAAAAAUCUGACAUACAUAUAUGUGUGAACACAUUUCACUGGUUUUAUUUCUGCAUCUUUAUUGAAGUAUUUUCUUUUCUAUGGUGGUUUUACUCGAGAUUUCUCUUCUGUUAAGACGAGAUCAUCCCCUUUUAGAACUCCGCGAAUAUGGAAAGUAAACAUCUUUGGCUUUCUCUCCUUUUAUGGGUCAUCGCGUGCUCUGUACUUUCUGCUUCCUGUGAAAAUUUGCUUAGAGUUGGUUUGAAGAAGCAACCCCUGGACGUUAAUAGCAUAAAUGCUGCAAGAGUAGCCAGACAACAAGACAGAUAUGGGAAGAAUAUGAAUGGCAUAGAAAAGAAAUUGGGUGACUCAGAUUUGGAUAUAGUCUCCUUAAAGAACUACUUGGAUGCCCAAUACUAUGGAGAGAUUGGUGUUGGUUCACCUCCUCAGAAAUUCAAAGUUAUCUUUGAUACAGGGAGUUCUAACCUCUGGGUUCCAUCAUCAAGAUGUUAUUUCUCUAUUGCAUGCUGGAUCCACUCCAAGUACAAGGCGGGCAAGUCCAGUACAUAUACAAGAAAUGGGGAAUCUUGUUCAAUCCGCUAUGGAACUGGAUCAAUAUCUGGCCAUUUCAGUCAAGACAAUGUUCAAGUUGGUGAUCUCGUAGUUAAAGAUCAGGUGUUUAUUGAGGCGACGAGAGAACCAAGCAUUACAUUUAUAAUUGCAAAGUUUGAUGGUAUACUAGGGCUUGGUUUCCAGGAAAUUUCUGUUGGAAAUGCUACACCUGUCUGGUACAAUAUGAUGGGGCAAGGUCUUGUGAAAGAGCCGGUCUUCUCUUUCUGGAUUAACCGUGAUGCAACUGCAAAAGAGGGGGGUGAACUUGUUUUUGGUGGAGUUGAUUCAAAUCACUUCAAGGGUAAUCAUACAUAUGUUCCUUUGACUCAGAAGGGCUACUGGCAGUUUAAUAUGGGAGAUUUCCUUAUCGGGAACGCAUCAACAGGUGUUUGUGCGGGUGGUUGUGCUGCUAUUGUGGAUUCUGGAACAUCUCUUCUUGCUGGUCCAACAACUGUCGUGACACAAAUCAACCAUGCCAUUGGAGCGGAAGGAGUAGUUAGCAUGGAAUGUAAAACUAUCGUUUCCCAGUAUGGAGAGAUGAUCUGGAAUUUACUAGUAUCAGGGGUGAAACCUGAUCAAGUUUGUUCACAAGCAGGUCUAUGUUAUUUUAGUGGAGCUCAACAUGUCAGCUCUAAUAUCAGAUCUGUAGUUGAAAGGGAAACUGAAGGAAGUUCUGUUGGUGAAGCACCAUUGUGCACUGCCUGUGAGAUGGCAGUUGUUUGGAUGCAGAACCAGCUCAAACAGAAGGAAACAAAGGAGAGAGUACUAGAAUAUGUGAAUCAGCUUUGUGAGAAAUUGCCAAGUCCAAUGGGAGAAUCUGUAAUCGACUGCAGUAUGAUCUCAGCCAUGCCAAAUAUUACAUUCACUAUUAAAGAUAAAGCUUAUGUGCUCACUCCAGAACAGUACAUUCUUAAAAUUGGAGAAGGGAUUACUACAAUUUGCAUGAGUGGAUUUGCUGCUUUGGAUGUGCCACCACCUCGUGGUCCUCUUUGGAUUCUCGGAGAUGUAUUCAUGGGGGUAUAUCACACUGUAUUUGACUAUGGUAAUUCCCGACUGGGUUUUGCUGAAGCCGUGUAAUAUCCUUUCUUUGUAAUUACUUGCCACUAGUUACUUCAUAGAAUGAUGGAAGUAUUGUAAAGAGAUGAAUGAUACUGCUAUGUUAUUGUGUUGUAUCUGACCGUAAUAUGGCAUACUAAUCUUCUUUCUGUUGACUACUUCAA